AGUGUUCUGGAGGGAUAAUAAUGGUACUGUUAUGGCUUAUGGACAAACUGGUACUGGGAAGACUUUCACUCUUGGAAGGCUCGGAGAGGAAGACAAUGCUGCCCGGGGAAUUAUGGUCCGUGCAAUGGAGGAUAUUCUUGCAGAUACAUCUCCAGAUACAGAUUCCAUAUCUGUAUCCUACUUGCAGCUAUAUAUGGAAACCAUUCAGGACCUUCUUGUUCCUGGAAAUGAUAACAUUGCCAUUGUAGAAGAUCCAAAGACAGGGGAUGUUUCACUACCUGGGGCCACCAUUGUAGAGAUAAGAAAUCAGAGGAUUGUAGAACUUCUAAGACUAGGGGAAGCUCACCGCUUCGCCGCAAACAAGUUGAAUACAGAGUCAUCUCGAAGCCAUGCUAUUCUUAUGGUAACUUAUCAAAUUUUUGUUACAAGGUCAAUUAAGGGAAGGCAUGAUUCUGAACCAGGUUUACCUAGAGAGAAUUGCAAUGCGUCCACCCUUGUCUCUUCUCUUAGGCCACCUAUUGUUAGGAAAAGCAGCUUGUUUGUUGAUCUUGCAGGAUCAGAGCGAAUAGAUAAAUCAGGAAGUGAGGGACAUUCGCUGGAAGAAGCAAAAUCGAUUAAUCUGUCACUGAGUGCCUUAGGAAAAUGCAUUAAUUCACUUGCUGAAAAUAGUCCACAUGUUCCCUCGGAUUCAAAGCUGACAAGAUUGCUUAGAGAUUCAUUUGGAGGCACUGCAAGAACUUCACUGGUUGUGACAAUUGGCCCAUCUCCACGCCAUCGAGGAGAGACUGCAAGUACUAUAAUGUUUGGACAAAGAGCAAUGAAGGUGGAGAACAUGGUGAAAUUAAAGGAGGAAUUUGAUUACAAAAGCUUAUGCAGGAGGCUUGAUAUUGAGAUAGACAAGUUAAUUGCAACAAAUGAAAGGCAGCAGAAAGAUUUUGAAGAUGAGGUUGAGAGAAUAAGAGCAGAUGCACAGAGCCGUAUUGCUGAGGCUGAAAGAAACUAUAUGAAUUCUCUAGAGAAUGAGAGAUUGAAGUACCAGACAGAUUACUUGGAAUCAAUAAAGAAACUUGAGGAGAAGUGGAGAAUGAAACAGCAAAGCAGCAAUAAUGAUAAAACUAGAGUUGACCAUGAACAAUGUUUGCUGAAAACAUGUAACAUUGAGGGAUCAACAACAUCAAACUUGGAGGAAAUUACUGGGGUCGGACCGUUACUCCAGAAUGAAAAGCACCUACGGGAAUCUACUGAAGAGGUUAACGACCUUAAGAUCCAAGUGCUGCACUGGAAAAAUUUAGAAGCAGCUGCAAGUGCUGAGAUUAUAAAGCUCCGCAUGAUGCUUGACAAUGAAGCUAAUCAGAAGCAGAAGCUUGAAGAAGAAAUAAGAAUACUAAAAGGUCAGCUGUUGCAGUUGAGUGUUGAAGCUGAUAAGACAAAGAGGAUUCUUGACAGCGGUGGGUCUGGGAAAAUCUUAACAGGAUUAGAUUCCCUUAUGCCGCAAGCUAGGCAUUCACCGCUUAGAGACUCGGGAAAUGGACCUAAGGCAUCAAUUGCUAAACUCUUUGAACAAGUGGGGUUGCAAAAAAUAUUGUCAUUGCUUGAGUCGGAAGAUGCUGAUGUUCGUAUUCAUGCAGUAAAGGUGGUAGCAAACCUAGCAGCUGAAGAAGCAAAUCAGGAGAAAAUUGUAGAAGCUGGUGGUCUUUCAUCAUUACUGAUGCUCUUGAGAAGCUCAGAGGAUGAAACUAUACGUAGAGUAGCAGCUGGAGCAAUUGCCAAUCUUGCAAUGAAUGAAACCAAUCAAGAGCUUAUUAUGGCUCAAGGUGGCAUUAGUUUAUUAUCAAUGACUGCAGCUGAUGCCGAGGACCCCCAGACUCUUAGAAUGGUUGCAGGGGCUGUAGCCAAUUUAUGUGGCAAUGAUAAGCUACAAACAAGGCUGAGAGGGGAAGGUGGUAUUAAAGCGUUGCUAGGAAUGGUUAGAUGUGGGCACCCUGAUGUUCUUGCUCAAGUCGCACGUGGCAUUGCAAACUUUGCGAAGUGUGAGUCUAGAGCUUCUACACAAGGAAAUAAGGCAGGAAAGUCUCUUUUGAUAGAAGAUGGAGCACUUCCUUGGAUUGUAAAAAGUGCCAACAACGAAGCUGCACCCAUUAGAAGGCACAUAGAGCUUGCUUUAUGCCACUUGGCACAACAUGAAGUAAAUGCAAAUGAUAUGAUUAGCGAGGGAGCCUUGUGGGAGCUGGUUCGCAUUUCACGGGAUUGUUCUCGAGAAGAUAUUAGGACACUGGCACACCGAACUCUGACUUCCAGCCUUACUUUCCAAUCAGAGUUGAGAAGAUUACGCAUAGAAUGUUGAGAUUUGUUGACGUUGGGCCUUGUGCAUGAAUAUGAAUCGAGAAGCAGCAGAUAACAUUGAGUUGCACCUUCUGCAAGGAAGCGGGGUAGAAAGUAUCAAGGAGGUUUGGCUUGGCACCAUCUAAGUGAUGAAGUGGAUUCAAAUCAAGUUCCAAUGUUGAACUUGUGAUAAUUAAGAAUAUUCAUUUCUAAGAAGGCAGCGUUCUUUUUGUGACCCCUCCCCUCCAUGAAUUGGGGAAGAGGUCAAGAAUUCCUGUCAGCAAUUCUUUUUGUUCAUACUGAAUUCGUGUACCAGCCAAACUCAUCAUGCCUACCUGCCUAGCUAUUGUACAAGUGUGUAUAUAUUAAAUAAGGUAGAGAAGAUGGUUGUAACUUGCAUCAAGAGUAAUUGGCUGGAGGCUUCAACCUAUAGAAAUAUCCAGCCAUAUUUGUAUCAUACAUGUUAACAUUAUGGUGAUUCCAUAUUAAAAUUAUCAAGGUUUGUAGGUUAAUCGAGAUUUUUUUUACCUCAA